AUGAAUACCUCAGAGCUGGUGUCCCCCUCCACCGACUUCAUCUCAUUGUCUUUCUCCACUACUGCUCUUCUACGAGUAGCAUUUCGGAUCUCGAUCGAGUCGACUGACGCCUGGCAGCAGCAGCAGCCGGAGUCGAGACAGAUGGUGAACCCUCACCAGUCCCUGUACCAAUGGUGGGCCCCGCCCGUUGAACCCUUGGCCAAAGGAAGUCCUCAACGGCGGCCAAACUCGCCAGCGGAUCAAUCAACACGACGUUCGAUGAGUAGUCGCGGAGGGAUUUCUCUCCCUGUGCCCGGCAAAGCCGAAGCUUAA